AUGUCAAUUUCCACAGAUAUCAAGGAAAAACCGAUUGAAUACUUCAUUGCUAAAUCCACGGAUCCGUAUGUAAACGACGGGGAGAGGCGAAAAUUCGCUGAAAAGCUCUGUGAGAUUGUGAAUUUCGAGAUAGAGGGCGCGCAAUUGGCGGUGAGUCAAUUGGGACACAAAAUCGCGAGUCCAAAUCAAGAUGAGAGUCUCUACUCACUACAGGCCAUCGAUCUCUUGGUUCGACGAUGUGGAGCAAAAAUCCACACUCGAGUUGGCAAAUUUCGCUUUCUAAAUCAGCUCGUUCGAUUGUUAACACCAAAAUAUCUUGGCAAAGAAACAUCAGAAAAGGUGAAAUACCAAGCCACAAUAAUGCUGUACACAUGGCAGAAAUCGAUGGGACAUUUGGAGAAAUUUAAAGAAGUGUACGACUCAUUAAAAGAUCGAGGGAUUAUCACAGAAGAUCCAUCAAUUGAAGAAGAAAGCGUCUUGAUCAUCCCACCACCUCCACCGAAAUUCGCCGUAUUUGAGGAUGAGGAAAAGUCGAGGCUUUUGAAAGAACUUUUACAGAGUAAUAAAGCCGAUGACCUUCAGACAGCUAAUCGUUUGAUCAAGAGUCUUGUUCGAUCGGAAGAUCAAAAAGUCGAAAAAAUCAAUAAACGCUCGGAUGAUCUUGACAAAACGGUGAAACUCUGUCAAAUGAUGGAAACGGCGAUGAGGAUUGGAGGAGCCUCUGGGGAUAUUACAGAACUUCACGAUCGUCUCUCCGAAAUCCGCCCCAUCAUCUUCAAAUACGCAAAUGAGGCAGCUGAAAGCUCUGAUGAGAUUUUGGCAGAGAUUUUACAGAUCAAUGACACGCUAAACCGUCUUCUCCAAAUGUACGAGACGCAAAAAUUGAGGAGGCAUGAGAUAACAGCGUCAAUCCCGAUCCCGAGCCUCUACGAAUCAAAGAGCGAUCAAAGAGUGGAUUUGUUGAGUGAUGAGAUGUCCGACAAUCAUCUCCCUAGUGUCUCUCAAUAUCCUUUCUCUCCAACUCCAUCGACUUCUUCAUCUCUUAUUGAUGGCCCAUGUCCACAAAUGGUCGAUGCAGCGAAUCACAUUCUCGGGCAUCCCGAAGACGUUCCAUUUAUAGGCUUUGGGAGCACGUCAACAACACCGCAAACAAUACGUCGACCAUUGCUAUUGAAUCAACCACCAAACCGACGAGGAAUCGAUUUCAACGAAUUCUCAACACUAGACGACAUUUUUUCGAAUACAAUCCCAGCUCAUAGUUUCAAGCAACCGAAACCGACGCUGAACGAGUUGAGCAAAGCGCAAAUGGCGAUUCCACUCAAUUUGAGUCCAUUAGAGCCUAUCAGCAAUGCAUCUUCCGGAGAAUUUGAUGGAACUUUUCUAUCAUCCCCAGUGCGUUGCCUGCCCGAGUCUGUUUCUUUCACUGAACAACAGAUUCAAAUGUCCGCCGAGUCUCCGAUUUCAAUAAUGGAGCGUAAAAACAUCAAGAUCAUCCUUCACUACAGUCAGAAUUCACCACCAGGGACAACAGGAGUGAAAACAGCGUUGAUCUCGUUGUUGAACUUCAACACGCAUCCUCUUCAAAAUGUGGCCCUUCAAGUCUACACGAACAAUUUAAGAAUAAGCAGCCGUUUGCUGUGGUCUGAUGGGCGACGAGUGGAGGGUUUCUCCUCAAAUCAUCCCACUCCUCAUUCCCGUGCAAUUCUUCUCGUCCUUCCAUUAGAUCACGAGAUACAAGAGUGUGAAUUCAUCUACUCGAUCAGUUUCACCGAUGUUUUUGAGGAAACAAUCACCGGCACUUUCUCAAUGAAAGUUCAA